AUGCAGAACUCAAGCCUCUUUCAUCAGGGCACAGACUUCCUUUUACUCCUUCCUUUUGCACUCUCGCCUCCUCCUCCCGGGGAGAAGCUGAGGUACCGGCAGCCCGGAGCAGCGACAGGCCGGGCUACUGAGGCCUUGAGAAAAGUUUUUUUCUGGGAGUGUGGAACUGGGGCCCGUUUGGUGUACUGUUCGGAGCAAUGGUCCGAGUGGCAGGCGGCUGUCCCAAGCGGCGGGUGCGCGUCCCCGCGCGCGUGUGUUCCUUUUGCAGAGCCAGCUUUUGGGGAGGUGAACCAGCUGGGAGGAGUGUUCGUGAACGGAAGGCCGCUGCCCAACGCCAUCCGGCUUCGUAUUGUGGAACUGGCCCAACUGGGCAUCCGACCGUGUGACAUCAGCCGCCAGCUACGGGUCUCUCACGGCUGCGUCAGCAAGAUCCUGGCGCGCUACAAUGAGACCGGGUCGAUCUUGCCAGGAGCCAUCGGGGGCAGCAAGCCCCGGGUCACCACCCCCACCGUGGUGAAACACAUCCGGACCUACAAGCAGAGGGACCCCGGCAUCUUCGCCUGGGAGAUCCGGGAUCGCCUGCUGGCUGACGGCGUAUGCGACAAGUACAACGUGCCCUCGGUGAGUUCCAUCAGCCGCAUUCUGCGCAACAAGAUCGGCAACUUGGCCCAACAGGGUCAUUACGACUCAUACAAGCAGCACCAGCCUGCGCCGCAACCUGCGCUUCCCUACAACCACAUCUACUCAUACCCCAGUCCUAUCACGGCUGCUACCGCCAAGGUGCCCACGCCACCCGGGGUGCCCGCCAUCCCCGGUUCGGUGGCCAUGCCGCGCACCUGGCCCUCUUCGCACUCUGUCACCGACAUCCUGGGCAUCCGCUCCAUCACCGACCAAGGAGUGAGCGACAGCUCCCCCUACCACAGCCCCAAGGUGGAGGAGUGGAGCAGCCUGGGCCGCAACAACUUCCCUGCUGCCGCUCCGCACGCGGUGAACGGGCUGGAGAAAGGAGCCUUGGAGCAGGAAGUCAAGUAUGGUCAGGCACCAAAUGGUCUCCCAGCUGUGAGCAGUUUUGUGUCAGCAUCCAGCAUGGCUCCUUACCCCACCCCAGCCCAGGUGUCACCUUACAUGACCUACAGCGCUGCUCCUUCUGGUUAUGUUGCUGGACAUGGGUGGCAACAUGCGGGUGGCACCCCACUGUCCCCCCACAACUGUGACAUUCCCGCAUCGCUGGCCUUCAAGGGAAUGCAGGCAGCCAGAGAAGGUAGUCAUUCUGUCACCGCUUCUGCACUCUGA